UUGGCUGUGGAUUUAAGAGCGGCUGUCAUUUAUUUUUUUCACUUUUUCAUUUGCUUCAUGAACUGGGAGUUCUGGGAACGGAAGUAUAGGAGGACGUUUAAGUAGGUGCGUUUUGAAAGACUUUCGCACUAAUUCAACAAAAUUGACAUACGAUAGAAACUCUUUGCAUUGAACUCUUUGCAUAAUUUGACUUGCAAAUGCGCAUUAAAAGGCGACCGGGGGAAAAUGCCAAUACAAAUUAUUCUCGUUUAAAAAAAAAAAUUACAAACACAAUAUAAACAAAAUAGCAAAUCUGGGUUGCUUGUGUUUGUGUAUGUCUGCGAAACUAUCAUGUAAAAAAGAAGGAAGAACUCGCACGUCAACGUGAAACUAAUGUUUACUUUGGGAAGUAGAUUGGAGUUAAGACGUGAUGACGCUAAUGAUGUAAUACCGUUCAUUUGCAUAUGUGUGUUAUGAAAGAAAAGGAAGAGGCAGUGUAUAUAAUGCUGCAGUGUGUGAUGUUCCUGCCAAGUCAAUCAGAAUGCUUUGAAGUGGUACACUGACACUUGUGAAACCGAAACGUCUUGUUUGACCUUGAACAUUUCGAAUGCGAUUAUAUCAGAAUGACAGACGGUAAUGAAGAACAGCGAAUAUUAACUAUUCUUUCGUGGAAUGUAAACGGUUUUAACCGCAAAAGGUCUGAGGUGAUUCAUCAUUUAAGUCUUCUAAAUGCCGAUGUGGUCUUUCUUCAAGAAACUCAUGUAGGUCCAGAUAGAAUCUACUCAACUGGAAGCAUCAAAAUUCAAGAUUUAGAAUCUGAUUACAUGGCGGCAUUCACCGUAUUUAAAGGAAGUUCACGUGGGGUGGCUGUGCUUUUCAAAAACAACCUCAGAUGUGGUGGCUUCAAUGUCAAUUGCGACGAAAAGGGAAGAUUCAUAAUAAUCUCGUGCCAAAUUUGGGGACAUGAUUUUGUAUUUAUCAACAUUUAUAACUCAUUUGAGGAAAAAAUUAAGAUGACAGAUUUCAUACAGAUUUCAAGCUACAUCCCACGUUCUGCGUAUCUGGUGGUCGGUGGGGAUUUCAACACGGUCAUGGACGAUGACCUUGACAAAACUUCAAAUUUAAGAAACCGAAGUCACAGAAAGCAUUUUGAUGUUCUCCGAUGCUUUUUGGAGAACUUCAGCUUGGUGGAUGUUUGGCGGUGUAUUCACCCGGAAGUAAAAAGCUUUACGUAUUUCGAUGGAAAAGGUCAGUCUAGAUUGGACUACUUUUUUUUGCAAACUCACAAUUUAAUGAGUGUGACUGCUUGUAACAUUCACAGGAGACCAGUGUACUCGGGUAAAGAAGAGUAUGUUUCUGAUCACGCCCCAUUAUCGAUUCAGAUACAGACAGAUGGACCUAAAUGGCAGUUCGAUUCUUGUCUCCUUGAAGAUAAAGCAUGUAUGGAACAACUUUCAAGCAUAAUAAAGGACAUUUCUCAAAUAAAUACCAAAAGUAAUGAAUACAUCUGGCCGGGAGUGAAGGUCAGACUUUUAUAUGAAGCGGUAGCUUAUAGAAAGCACAGAUCUUAUACGAAACCACCAAGACACUCUGAUGCAUUUGGACUUCCUGAAGAAAUGGACCUAGGAGGUUGUCCAACGUCAGAGUCAUCCAUUAAUGUUCUCCAUACACCAACCCAUACUUCAUCCCAGAGUCUUCUGAACUACUUGAAUCAUUUGCACCAAACUGAGAGAUUUGAAGACGUAAAGUCCACCCUGAUUACCGUUCUAAGUGAACCUGUUUCGAGAAAAGAGAUUCUGGACGCUAUACUGUCCCUGCCUCAAUCUGAGAGUCCAACAGCAGAUGGACUAACAGUACAUUUCUAUAAACGUUAUGCUUGUAAAAUUAUAGACCUCUUACAAGCAUUUUUCAACCAGAUCUUUGACCUUAAACCAAUUAAGCAAACAGUUUUUGAAUCACUGAGCCAAGGCAAAACUGAUCACACUUACAGCUAUGAUAUUCAAUAUCGCUUCAGUCCGAUUUCCGUAAUUAACGUGGAUUAUAACAUUUUGUCUUUGGUUCUGGCAGACAGGCUGAGGAGCGUUAUUGGACACAUUUUAAAUCCAGGUCAAUGCAAACCACGCAUUUCUGUUCUAGACAGCAUCAGUGAUCGAAUCCCAGUGCUGACUGUUUCAUUAAAACUAGAUCCAGGUGCACUGAAGUGGUCAUAUUUGUUUAAUAGCUUAAGGGCGGUGAACCUGCCUGAUCGGUUUAGAUCCGUGUUGAAGCUGUUUUUGAUGGCAGAUCACAGAUCACAAGGACUGAGGGUGGGAUGUCCACUGACUCCUUUACUAGUAAGCAUCUGCCUUUUUCCUCUGAUUAACUCCAUUAACGGCGAGAACAUGUUUUUGGGGUCUAAAGUUCAAGGGGAACCUAUAAAGUCAGCCAUCGAUGAAGACAAAGCCUUGAUUUUUCUUUCCAGUUCGAACGAAGCUUUGGAUAGUUUUGAAAAGAUGCUCAGGGAUUUUAUUGAGGCAUCAGGCUUUAUCAUUGAUGAACGAUGCUCUGAGGUAUUCAUAGCGGGUUCAUCUGGCUUCAGGUUAGGCAAAGAUAAACUUCAGUUGUUUAAGAGAACCGUGUUAGAAACAGCAUGAUUCAAUCACUGGAGGAUGCUGAGUCUUGUUGCGUAGAUGGUCGCUCAUUUCACCAAAACAUAUGCAUCUUAUAUAUUUAUUUGCAGAUUUUGCCACAUAAUACCAGAUGUGUGGUUUAUAGCUGAAGACAGUAUGUGAAUUAAGUAUGUUUAAUUUAAAAAAAUGUAACAAUUUAGAACCAAAAACUGGUGCAAACGUGUAGCUUGUUUGUUUUGCAUUUAAUAAUAUUUUUGUAUUUGUAAAGAACCUUCCAAAACUGAAUCAAUAGCUUGUGUUGGACCAGUAUAGUUUUGCAUGAAUCUCUUUGCAAUUGAAAAUACAGAUCUUCCAUUAUAACAGAACACAGAGAUUUAAUCACAUGUCAAAGCACAGAUAGGUGGUUCAUUGUGAUCCAUAUCCGUGUUAAUAUGCAGGUGAGUAUGUUUUCGGUGCAGCCAGCAGAGGGCAGAACAAGAAGAUCCGGAUGAAUGCGCCUGUGGUAAACCGGCUGGACAACCUCCAGCUGAGCCGCACCAUUGGCUAAUAUGUGGAAUGCAAACAGAUGAUGUAGACAUUCCUGGUCACAUCCUGAUCAGAAUAAUGUGGAAGCGGGUUGGGCGCAGUUGAACUUUUAGUUUCAGUGUGCAAGCUCAUCACUGAGCAACCGGGCUCAACGCAAUGACUAUAGGCCCGUUGUUUGAUUUAAGAAGCAGGAAAUGUUUUCUACUUGGCUUUUUGAUCAAAAACAAAAGAUCAGUAUUCAUUUAUCUUAUUUUCAUUUUAUUGCAAGAUUAUUUAGCAACUCGUUAUCAUUGUGAGAGUUGUUCAAUUGGGAUCAAAGUUCAAGCCCAGUUAACCUACUUGUAUAAUCGGUGACAAUAAAUAUUUGCGAACUCCACCGAGA